AGGCUGUAUUCUCGCGAGACGUCUGGGAGGCGGCGGCGAUGGCGGCGGCGGGAACUGGCCCCGGCCCUGGAACGGGUGCAGGACCUGGCCCCGGAGCGGCCGCAAAUGCACUAGCUGCAGAGGAUGGGGAGACGAAACCGGUGGCAGCGAUAGCAGCCGCUCCAGCCGGAGAGGGGACGUCUGCGCCGGCGCCCGCGGAACCCAGUUCUGGAGAGGCAGAAAGCGGGGAUGCAAACUUGGUUGAUGUAAGUGGCGGUUUGGAGACAGAAUCCUCUAAUGGAAAAGAUACACUAGAAGGUGCUGGGGAUCCUUCGGAGGCAAUGGAUACUCAAGCUGGCUCUGUGGAUGAAGAGAAUGGCCGACAGUUGGGAGAGGUAGAAUUGCAGUGUGGGAUAUGCACAAAGUGGUUCACAGCAGAUACCUUUGGCAUAGAUACCUCAUCCUGUCUACCUUUCAUGACCAACUACAGUUUUCAUUGCAAUGUAUGCCAUCAUAGUGGGAAUACCUAUUUCCUCCGGAAACAAGCAAACUUGAAGGAAAUGUGCCUUAGUGCUUUGGCCAACCUAACGUGGCAGUCCCGAACACAGGAUGAACAUCCAAAAACCAUGUUUUCCAAAGAUAAGGAUAUUAUACCCUUUAUUGAUAAAUAUUGGGAGUGCAUGACGACCAGACAGAGACCUGGAAAGAUGACUUGGCCGAAUAACAUUGUCAAAACAAUGAGUAAAGAAAGAGAUGUUUUCUUGGUAAAGGAACACCCCGAUCCAGGGAGCAAGGACCCAGAAGAAGAUUACCCCAAAUUUGGGCUUUUGGAUCAGGAUCUUAGUAACAUUGGUCCUGCUUAUGACAACCAAAAACAAAGCAGUGCUGUAUCUACCAGUGGGAAUCUAAAUGGUGGAGCCACUUUUGGAGGGGGAAUCACGGCAGGAAGCAGUGGAAAAGGAAGAGGAGCUAAGCGCAAACAGCAGGAUGGCGGGACCACGGGGACCACCAAGAAGGCCCGGAGUGACCCUUUGUUUUCUGCCCAGCGUCUUCCCCCUCACGGCUACCCCUUGGAACACCCAUUCAACAAAGAUGGCUAUCGGUAUAUCCUAGCUGAGCCUGAUCCGCACGCCCCUGACCCCGAGAAGCUAGAACUCGACUGCUGGGCAGGAAAACCUAUUCCUGGAGACCUCUACAGAGCCUGCCUGUAUGAACGGGUUUUGUUAGCCCUGCAUGACCGAGCUCCCCAGCUGAAGAUCUCUGACGACCGGCUGACUGUGGUUGGAGAGAAGGGCUAUUCCAUGGUGCGGGCCUCCCACGGGGUGCGGAAGGGCGCGUGGUAUUUUGAAAUCACUGUGGAUGAGAUGCCACCGGACACUGCUGCCAGGCUGGGAUGGUCCCAGCCCUUAGGUAACCUUCAAGCUCCUUUAGGUUACGAUAAAUUUAGCUAUUCUUGGCGGAGCAAAAAGGGAACCAAAUUUCACCAGUCCAUUGGCAAACACUACUCUUCUGGCUACGGACAGGGAGAUGUCCUGGGAUUUUAUAUCAGUCUUCCCGAAGACACAGAGACAGCAAAGUCGCUGCCGGAUACUUACAAAGACAAGGCUUUGAUAAAGUUCAAGAGUUACUUGUACUUCGAGGAGAAAGAUUUCGUGGAUAAAGCGGAGAAGAGCCUAAAGCAGACGCCCCACAGCGAGAUAAUAUUUUAUAAAAAUGGUGUCAAUCAAGGUGUGGCUUACAAAGAUAUUUUUGAGGGAGUUUACUUUCCGGCUAUUUCACUGUACAAGAGCUGCACGGUUUCCAUUAACUUUGGACCGUGCUUCAAGUACCCCCCAAAGGAUCUCACCUACCACCCUAUGAGCGACAUGGGCUGGGGCGCCGUGGUGGAGCACACGCUGGCCGACGUCCUGUACCAUGUGGAGACAGAAGUGGAUGGGCGGCGUAGCCCGCCCUGGGAGCCCUGAUGAGGCUGAACUCUUUCCAGGGGUGAACUUUCUGGAGAAUAAGACUGGGGUUUUUGUCUUUGAACUCUCAAAUGUUCUCCCAAAGACGCUGCAGCGCACAGCUCUCCUCAAUCCAGUCGAGGGCGGGGCAGGACUGCCCGAUGUUCCCUCCCCACCCCGCGACACUCUUUAUUUUUUGUGCCAUACACCAACAACCGCUGACCCUGGAUCCCAGAAACUCCCUGGGAGAAUGGUGCUGCCUCCCACCCCUGCCAGUGGGACUCAUUACUGUACUGCAUUUUCUAAGGAGUGAACACUGGUCACAGAGCUAACUUAUUUAAAAGACGUUUCCUUCCGCAGGCCCUGAGUCCAUCCCGCCUGAUCUCCUGGGGAGUGGGGCUGUUUCUAAGAACUGACAUCUGGCAGCUCUGCCCAGCCCUAUCUAAAAGCAGCUUCCUUUUAAUGUGGGUUUGUCUGUUGAUUCGGAAACACACCUUUGAACCUCUGAAACGACUUAGUCCCUAGAACCCCACUUCAGCAGAAUUAGAUCUCUUCUCCAAAUAAAACUUGCCCCCAGGUUUGUGUGUA